CUUGGUUUGACUGGCUUGGAUUUAAAGCGAUAGAAGCUGUUGGGAGUCCUACAAGACGGUCCCCAAUACCCUCCCCUCAAGUCCUUGGGACCAUUUGGGUCCCCAGAACUGGGGAGAUGGUUUGCGGCGGAUUUGCCUGUUCCAAGAAUGCGCUGUGCGCUCUCAACGUGGUUUAUAUGCUUGUGGGCUUACUGCUCAUUGGCGUGGCCGCCUGGGGCAAGGGCCUGGGUCUGGUGUCCAGCAUUCACAUCAUCGGAGGAGUCAUCGCCGUGGGGGUCUUCCUCCUCCUCAUCGCGGUGGCUGGGCUCGUGGGGGCCGUUAACCACCACCAAGUGCUGCUCUUCUUUUACAUGAUCAUCCUUGGUUUGGUCUUCAUCUUCCAGUUUGGAAUCUCUUGCUCCUGUCUGGCUAUUAACCGAAACAAACAGAUAGAUGUCAUCAAUGCGUCCUGGUGGGUCAUGAGCAACAGUACCCAGCAUGAAUUGGAGAGAAGUUUUGACUGCUGUGGCUUGUUCAACCUUACAGCGCCAUACCUACAGGACAAUACUUCCUGCGAUGCAAUGUGCAAGACCAGGAAUUCUGUGUGCCAGUUGUGUGGCGAGAAGUUCCUUAAACAUUCGGACAAAGCCCUGAAAAUCCUAGGUGGUGUUGGCCUUUUCUUUAGCUUCACGGAGAUCCUUGGUGUUUGGCUAGCAAUGAGAUUCCGGAAUCAAAAAGACCCCCGAGCAAACCCCAGUGCCUUUCUAUGAGACUUUUGAUCUUCCAGAUAGGAUCUUUGAAUCCUAGGCUGGUUUCCAACGUGCUAUGUAGCCAAGGAUGACCUUGAGUUCCGGAUCCCCCUGCCACAGCGUCCAAGUGGUGUGAUUACAGGUGUGUGUCAUCACACUCAAGUCUCUGGAUCCUUCUGACUUGGUUUUGCUCUCCCAGCUUUUUAUAAUUCCCAAAAUUCUUGAAAACCUAGGGUGAGCCCCCCCCCCCCCAACAGGUUUUUGUUUUAAAGAAAAAGGGCCCCAUGCCUCAUUUCCCAAAACUGAUCAAGUAAGUGGUUAGAUUUUUUUCUUUACAUAUUUUGAAUGAACAAGAUAUAGAAAGAAGAGCCUUAUACCUCUCCCUGGGAGAAUAGAAUAUACUCCUAGACGCAUGGACAGGGGCUGGAAGGCUUUCAUAACUCUUUUCCCUCCUUUUGACUGACACCUUAGCCUGGCUCCAAGGACAAACUGAACUACAGUCCCAGCCUCACCCAGAAGUCUUGUCAAGGCAGGACCUGGAAGAAAGCAGCAACCUAAAAUCUAAAGCCAUUUUAACUGAGUACUCAGAAAGGAAUUGAAAGGGCCUUUCCCAUCCUGUCAGCCAAAGAGCUGAACAGGCAUGCCUGUCUAGGUCCUGUGUGAGGGUCUACAGAGGUUGCAGGGAACCUUCCAAGCAGGCUUUCAGUCUCCCAAAGGCAAAGCCAACCAGGAAAACAUUAAAGAAAAAAGAAGGCCAUG